AUUUUUCAAAACCUGCCCGCCAUCUUGCAUGCCGUACGCGAUAGGCAGGUAAACGUUACAGAAUAUAAAUAUUGUGAAUCAUUUCGUGUCUUAAUAUAACAGUUUUGGACUCGCGUAACUCACCAUAACAUAAAGGAUGGACUCUCGCUUUGCUCACCUGUACAAGCGGGACAGCAGUGUGUCUAUGAUCCGGCUGAAGAUGUCCAGACGCCGGUCUCAGUCUCAAAAAGAGAACCGAGAGAAGAUCCAGAACUUGCGUAGACACCUGGACAAUCUGCCAGAGAUCGAGCUCUCAAUGGAUGCAUCCAUUCUCAUGGCCACCCAAGACAAAGCAUCAAAAACAAAGGCAGCUAAUGAUGUAAAUGCUGCUGUUGAGGAGAGAAAGAAGAUGCUCGCCCGUUACAAAGAAAACAAGAUGUUACAGAAGGAGAAGGUAAAGCGAGAAAAAGAGAAGAAAGGUGUAUUUAAGGUCGGCCUGUAUAAGCCACAGCCACUCGGGUAUCUGCCUUCAAACACUGCUCCACAAAGCAGGGGCAAGAUCACAGAAACUAACCAGACCACACGAGUGACCCGCUCAAUGAUGCAUAGCCAAAAGCCAGCAACAGACAGACAUGCUGUUCCAAAGAAAGUGGAAAAUGUGUUGACCACCAGAACUUCAGCCAAGACUAACUCAAAACCUGUGACUACCACCAAAACCAGAACAGCUACGGUUGAACCAUCUGUGAGAGGUCCAACCACACGAUCGGCUGCUAAAACAACAGUAGCUGUGGUUAAACCACUUACUGAUUCAACGACUGCAAAAACGAGAUCAACUGUUAAAUGUCCUGUAGCGCCCUCUUCAGGCAAAGAGAAAGAUGGACAAAGCAACGCAAAGGCAGUUAUUAAAAAUAAGACUGCUGAGAAAAAGGACACUGCAAUUGGUUCUUUGAAACCCGAGGAAGAGGAACCCAAAGCUGCUGCCCCUUCAUUUGCCCCUCAGGGAUUUGUGUUCCAACCUCCUGUGGGUCUGAGCUCAUUCGAGCCUGCACCUCUCUCUCCACGUUCAGCUAGUGCCUUCCUCUCACCGAGCUUUCUUUCUGAUGGCAAUGUUGAACCUACAUUCCCCUCUCCUCCAAAACCUGUUCUCCCUACUCCAUCUGUCUCCUCCUCUCCACCACCUCCGUCAACCCCUCCAAAUCAUCCUGCCAACCCCCCCUCAGUGUCCUCAACCCCUCCAGCCCCAUCCUCCCCUCAGCUGUCUAUAUCUACAGCACCAUCUCCUCCCUUGGCCCCCUUGGAGCCUCAACAUGAUGUCGCCUAUUUCAGGGCAGUGAUGGUAAGUGAGACUGAGCGUUUAACUGGACUUUCUGAGCUGUGGGAGUCACGAUUUGAUGAUACUUCUAUCCCAGAGGAGACACGAGACCAGAUGCGUACUGUUGUGGGCCAGGCCAGACUGUUGAUGAAGGAGCGCUUUGGCCAGUUCAGCGGGCUAGUGGAUGACUGCGAUUUUUGCCGUGGAGAGAAAAUCACAACCUGCACUGACUUACAGGGUUUCUGGGACAUGGUGUACUUUCAGGUGGAAGAUGUUAACAAGAAAUUUAAUGCCUUGAAAGAGGCAGAAGCAAGGGAGUGGAAAGAGGAAGUCAGGCCUGUUGUCAGAAAAAGAGUGGCCAAAAAGCCUCCUGUCGUGGGAGGAAAGGCUGGAACAGGUGCCAGUGCCGCAGCUAAGAGUCGACUUGCUGCUGUAAAAGCUGCAAUGAGAGCCAAGCAGGCUGAACAGAAAGCCACUGAGACUUCAGACAACAUCCAGGAUGACUCGAGCUCUGAACCUGCAGCCCCUGCCAUCACACUGCCUGCACAGACCGUGGUGUUUAAUGGAGGGUUCUUCCAGGUCGAAAGUCCAGUCAAGCCAUCAGGUGCUGUUAGAAGAUCGUGUCGAACCAGUGCAGUUUCUUCACCCUGUAUUUCUAAGUUUAGCACUCCAGGCAGGCAGUGCAGAUCCACUGCAGUUUCUCACGCUUCCCCUCUACCUAGCUCGUCUGCCACACCACUUCCAACCCAUCAAACAGAUGCAUUACCUAUUGCCACUCCUAUACGUUCUGCUGAGGCCCUCCCACAGUCACCCAGAGCUCUUCAGAUUGUUCCUGACCACAACCAAAAUGUUUCACCAGACCGCUCCAACAGCCGUAUUCAUUUUGACUUAAGCUCUACCAGUAUCCAACACACCCAACCAGAUAUCAGUAACGGAACUGAAAACAGUCCAGUAGCCCAAACACAUGACUCACCCAGUCAGGAUGAGCCAGCUGUUGAUUCUUCAGAACCUCAACAUAAAGAAUGCAUUCCAGAGUCUAUGCUCCCUUCACAGGAGGAACCACCACAGAACAUUUCUUGUGAAGUCUCUGAAGAGAGUUUGCAUGUCCAGCCUGGAGCAGAUGCUGGUGUAGAAACUCCAUCCCAGGGCUCAUCUCAUAGCUCUUCAGAACCAGACGUGGAACCCAGUGUCUGUGGACCUGCUUCACCGACCCUGAUGCUGUCCACACCAACUAAAGAUCUCACAGUUUCUACAGCUCUCUGUAAUGAGGUCAUCAUUCCAGUCAUUAAUGGAUCUCCAAUCAGCAUGGAUGUUGAAAUGACUGGAAAUCAAGAUGCUGAGGGUGCUACCAGUUUGGACAUUGAGCGUUACCUGCAGCCGACAAUGAGAUACAGCAUGUCUCCUGCACAGAGUCCUGCAGCAGAGAGGUUCUCUCUUGGGGCAGUAGAUGCUGAGAUGGAGAGUCCGGUGACUCAGGCGGAUGAGCGCCCAUAUGAUGUCUUGGCAACAGCUCUUCCUGGAAUGGUGUUCUCACCCCAGAUCAGUCGGAUGUCGGAGAAUCUGUUGCUGUUCUCUCCGGAACGGAAGGAGAAAGUGAGGCAGUCGGUGUGUGAACGUGACCUGAUCACAUUCACACCUCCCACAUACAAAUAAAAGCACAUCCACUCACUCUUUGGAUGUGGAUAAUUUUAUUUUUUAUAUACUUUUUUUUUUUUUUUUUUUUUUUUUGGUUUGUGCAUAAAUUAGAUGUCUUUUGGUUUGUUGAAUUAGGCUCCUUUUGAUACUAAUUUGUUUUCUACUUUUUGUACUCCAUAAUUAGCAUAUUUAGAUACCACAAUAUUUCUAUGCAGUUCUGACCUCAGAAAAUAUUUUUAAAGCUUUUA